CCUCUGUUGAUGCUGGUAUAUAACGUGUCCUAGGAGAAAUUAUGCCCGUAAUUCUGUUCACCGAUUUCUCUAACAAACACAACAAUGUCCGAGCACACCAAAGACACAGCGCGCGUUGUUGCUGGGCUGAAAGCGGCUGUCCACAACCCUAAUGUAUCAGGCGAGGCAAAGGAGAACGCCUUGAAACGUCUCGAAGAGAUGGGCCAGUCAGCAGACCCCAUUACGCCAGCGCAGACAAAGGCCACUCAAUCAGCAGCGGCCGAGGCACAUGAGAAGAAUGUUCUUCGGGGCUAUAAGGCAGCGACUUCUAAUCCCCAUGUUUCAGAGGAAGCUAAGAAACACGCCAGAGAAGUGCUGGACGCUGCUGGUAUUCAGCACGAGCUUGAUACUUCACAUUCAGAAGAGGAACACCAGCAUCGCGUCCUUGCUGGAUAUAAGGCGGCCAUCCAUAAUCCAAAUGUUUCAGCUGCGGCGAAGGAGCAUGCCAGAGAGUUUCUUGCAGAUAGUGGCGUUACCGAUCUGGAUUGAUUGAACAAAAGCUGUACGGCAUCAAUGUAGUUUACUCGCAUUCA